CCGCGCGACGACGAGUCGUACUGGUUGACGUUAUGACCGUUCGAUGGCGGUACGUACGGUAAAGAAGAACGAGAACGGCAUGACGUCAACUGUACAGUUUGCUCCCCUCCUUCGUUCCAACCCUUUGGACAGUCGGUCCUCUCGUGUAUACAACCUCUACCACCACGUCGCGAUCGUUUACCACCACCAGCACCGUUGUACUGGUCUCGCUACCACUACUUGCUAGCUUCACCAUCGUCAUCGUCAUCGCCAUCACACCAUGAGUGUGGCGUUCGUCGAGCAUUUCGUGCGGGUGAAAGAAGGAUGUGUUUUCGUUUCGCUCGGUUAAUACGAGUAACCGAGCAGAGGUGACGUCGCGUAUUCAGUGUGAAACGUAUGUUUGUGCAUCGAUUUCAAUAACGCGGAACAGACUCGUAGCGAGCAAAGUACAAUCAUAGACGAUUGAGAACGAAAAUUUCGUGACGAGUCGAAGCGGGAGUACACGCUGGAUACGUUCCUUGGCAGUGACCGAGAGUGUCCCAGGGUGUUGUACCAAAGGAAAAAAAUCUUUCUCGUCAAUUUUUCGAUUCACGAUGGAAUCGCACAAGAAAGAGAAGAAACACAAGGAGAAAAGAAGGAGCAACGAGAAGAGGAAAGAAAAGUCCCGUGACGCAGCGCGAUGUCGUCGAAGCAAGGAGACAGACAUUUUCACGGAAUUGGCUGCCGCCCUUCCGGUAGCACCGGAACAGGCAGCCCACCUAGAUAAGGCCAGCGUUAUGAGGCUCGCUAUCGCCUAUCUGAAAGUGCGUUCGGUGAUAGAUUCCAUCCCGGAGCCAGUGGCCAAGUCAGAAUCGUCCAACCAAAUGGACCAGCUAUUUUCUAAAGCCCUAAACGGGUUCAUGUUGGUGCUCUCCAGGGAUGGGAACAUGAUUUACCUUUCGGAGAAUGUUAGCGAUUAUCUUGGUGUUUCUCAAAUGGACAUGAUGGGUCAGAGUGUGUACGAGUACAGUCAUCCUUGCGAUCAUGACGAAUUACGCGAGUGUUUGUCCUCGAAACCGUCGAAAAACAACGAGAAACGUGCUUGCAGUUUCUUCCUGCGACUGAAAUGUACAUUGACCAGCAAGGGAAGAAAAGUGAACCUGAAGAGCGCUGCCUAUAAGGUGAUUCACUGUACCGGCAGAUUGACGUACAGUCAUGAUCCCGUGCUGAAUUCGAUCGAAGUCGACGACGAGGAAAGCAAAAGCGAGGACGAAUCCAAUGAACGCGAUGUAGGAGUUUCCCUGGUGCUUGUGGGAUGUCCCAUACCGCAUCCCAGUAACAUAGAAAUCCCUCUUGGGCGCCAUACUUUCUUAUCCAAACACAGCCUCAGCAUGAAGUUUACCUACGCCGACGAAAAGUUGGCCGAAUAUUUGGGCUGGAACAGCGAGGAGUUAAUGGGACAAUCCGUUUUCGAGUUCUAUCACGCCCUCGACAAUUUGGCUCUGGAUAAAUCUUUUAAAUCACUGUUCAGCAAGGGUCAGUGCGAAACUGUGGCGUACAGAUUCCUUGGAAAACGGGGUGGAUACGCGUGGGUCGUCACACAGGCCACCCUUAUACAUUGCUCUAAACAGCAGAAACCACUUUCAGUCGUUUGCGUGAACUACAUUCUAAGCGGUGUGGAACGCGAGGAUGAGGUGUACAGCGCGAGACAGCUCGCAGCGCGCGACACCGAGACCGUCGUGAAGCCGGAAAAGGUGACCGGCUCGAGCGACGUCGAACCGGCGAAGCUUCAACUCCAGGUGCGAGUGAACAGCAACAAACUAGAAGAGACAGCCGCCUUCGACGCCGUCGAUCAAGAGCUGUCCGUCUCCGUUGGCCAAUCGGAAUUACUCGCUGGCCCGUUCGAGUGCGCCAAACCGUUCACAGUCACCGCCUCGACCUUCCGUCUGGCGGCUAAUAAACCGAACAAGGGAUCCGCUCAGCUUCAGGACGGCUCGCGGAAGGAUAACACCUUCCCGAGACCGGUCCACGCUACAGAGAAAUCGUUCGUCGGUGUGCAAGCUCUCAAGGACUCGCUCGAGGAAUCCCUCAAAGAGAACGACGAGCCGAAACGGAAGGAGUCCCGCCGACAACCGGCUAGCCGGCCUCCCUUCGUUUUCCAGGGUAAACCUGCCGUGGAAUACGAUCCGGAGACCGCGGUACGCCAGGGCAGGCCUCAGGCCGUCACUAGACACCUGUUUGCACCGAUUGUGCAGCAACAGCAACAACAACAACAAGAACCGAUCUCUUGCAGACCACCGCCGCAGACUGCAACAGCGAGCAUAUUCGCGCCUCGUACCGAGGACAUGAACAAAGGCUUCUUAACUUUCAGCGAGGAUCAUCCAGGCUUAACGAUGUUAAAGGACGAACCGGAGGAUCUGACGCAUCUGGCGCCUACACCUGGUGACGUCUGCGUCCCCCUGGAAGACACGCCGUUCCUUUCUGACAUGCUAGACGAGUUUAUCCUCGGUAACGACAACUAUUGUCCUCUCCUGAGCCCCGGCAGUGCCCUCGCGCCCGAGCUGCGACCCACGGAUUUCGGUGAUCCUCUAAAGGACACCGACUUAACGGACAACGCGAGGAACAAGAGCCUAGGGGAGUCUCUGGCCGAUAGCGAUCCGUUCAUGUACGCUGAUUCGCCUAGCAGUCCUUGCAGCAUCGAUCCGAACUCGGUUUCGCCGUCUCUCUCCAAGUACCGUCAAAGCCCAGAACGAAGUAUAGAUUCGUUAGGUAGUCCAACAGGUGGUAGUGGAGCUGAGGGAUUAUCAGAAGAUGAAAUGUUAAUGUUAGGUUUGAACGAUAGUAUAGGUGACGAUGAAUUAGCUCUGAGAGCACCGUACAUCCCAAUGUCCGAUCAGGACGAAGCACUGGACUUGCUAAUCAGCAACGACAUGGUGAUGUGGAGUCCACCUCAUACGGCGGAUAAAAGCGGUUCGAAAUGGAUAGUAGACGACAAAGAACAACGAACGUCCGAUUCCAGUCUAGCGCAACUCCUAAAAACCGACCAAGUCGUUUCUAGAAAGUACAACGAUCAUGGAGGGGGCUUGGUCAAUCCUGUCCAAGUUCUCGGACAAAUACCUCGAAAAAACCCGAAUCUAGAUAGCUAUAACUGGUCCUCCAAGUUGGACAGACCAACGAAACGCAUACACACUGCCUCGAUGGACACGAUAGACAACGACAAUAAACGUAUAAAAUGCGACGAGUCCGCGAAACGCGGCAGCCUAGUGCUGGAGGAUCAUCUGUUGGGUAAACAGACUGGCUCGAGAAAGACGGCAAACGUCGCUGGCAGUCAGCUGCUUCGUCGGCUGGUGUCCCAGCAGCAGACGGUUUUGAGGAGCAACGAUUUCUCGAGCGAAUCGUUCGACGGUCGACGCGCGAACGACCCGGACGUGGACGAGGGCGAAAUCGAUAGGGGCGGUACCAAAGGCGGAGGAGGUGACAAGUGUCGUCGAAAGGGCGAAAACGGCGACGCGAAUCUGUCCUCGCAGCGGAAUCCAGCGUGCAACAGCGUGCUAAUGAAUCUCCUGGUGUCCGGCUGCGACGAAAGUUUGAUGAAUUCGCGCAACGUGCCAACGCUGUAUCCGAAACACUUGACGACUCCUCUGUCCGUGAACUUGGAGAACCAGAUGGUGCCACAAUGUACGGACUCCGGUGGAUCUGUCGCAUCGUCCUUCAACCAGUUAAGCCCAGUCUCGAAGAAACAAUUGUCCAACUCGUUUAUAAACGGAGAUUCCAUAGUGUCACCGUCCUCACCCAUCAUGUCGUUCGAGAAUUUCGACUAUGAUUCAACAAUGUCCAACAGUGGGUUGUUGCAAGUACAACCGGACCUCUUUGGAACUCUGUUAGAUCGGAAUCUCGUAUAAAAGCGUACUCUAUGAGUGCUAAAGUGAUGCAUAGCUUAUAGAGAUAAAAAGGAAAGGAGAAUAUGAAAAUGGAAAAGAGGAUUGCAAUACGGCGUGCAAGAUUUUCUAAGUAAGAUUGGUAUUGGUUGCGGGCAAUUAAACGCUAAAUCCUCGAAUUCGGUCGAGGUUUUCGUUUAACGAUUUUACACGCGUAGCGUAUCGUAUCGUACAGAGAUAUUGAUAUUUUUUCAUUGGUGAAUCGUGUUACAAUUAGUCGAAGAAGUUUCCAUACACUUCGUACAGAACUUGUUUCGUUAUCGUAUGAUUUCUACAAUAUUGUUUAAUGCGCCCCGUGGACCACCAGUUUUAUCGGAACAAGCUUUUCUCGUUUUCUGUUUCAUAUUUCUUUUUCUCGAACUGCAAACUUAGAGGGAACGAAAAUGUAACAGUUGUAUAAAUAUUCAUAUUUUGCUUACAAUUAAUCAUACAUUUAAUAUAAUUAUACAGACUUGUGCAAUGUAACAUAGCAAGUUGAAUGUUUCAAUAAUACAGAGUUAAUAAUCAUAUCCCUGGUAGUAAUAAGCUGAAAUUAUACAGCAAGUUCAACGAUUUGGCACGAAGUGUAAGGGGACUUUUUCCCUUUUGAUAAGAUUAUGUAAGUCACGUAUCAUUUCGAGUCGCGAUUCUCGCGCAAAAAGUGCCAAUGCAUUUUUUAGGGAAUUAGUCAUUUAGGUGCGAUAAGAGUGUCCCGUUCAUCGAUAGGGACCUAUCACGAAUGAUCUUAAAUAGGGGUCAUUUUGUAACAAUUAGAAACUAAUUAUCUCUCUGAUCGAUUCAAAGGUGUAGAACGAGUGUAUGUUUUACCAUACAAAUUUUGUAUUCGCUAUCGAUUAAAAUUAUAUGAAAUAAUUAUACGAUCGAAAGAGUUGUUAACUCCGAAGAAAGAAUAAUGGCGAUGUUAAACAAACGCGCGGAGGGAACCACGUAACUGUAAUAACUAACUUUAUCGAACCGCAAUAUGGCACAUGAUACGUUGACGAUGCUUCGUAGUUUGUCUCGUGUCGGUGUAUCGAACAAUGAUGCGCCGUAUGUAGUCGCGAUAUUGUUCUUGCUCUAUCAAUUAUAGCCUUGGUUAACAACUUCCUACUGAUUUCGGAAAUCUCUGAUCAUCUCUAUUAUACGCGAUGAGUUAUUUUUGAAACGCGGUUUCCCUCCACGACGCUGUUUCUACUCUGUAGAUCAAAAAGUUGAGACUACUACUAAUUUUUGGUUGCAUUACAUGGAACUGCAGGGAUCGCUUAUAACCCCAUUCAGAAAUACUAAUCUCGAGGUUAAUUACGUAUUCGAUUAAGAUACGAGUCGAAGAAAUGUCAUAAGUCAGUGGUCUCGAAUAUUUUUGAUCGUUAGCGUAUAUAGUUAGUUGGCUGAUAAGACGUUUGCAACGAGCAGUUUCGUGAUAAGAUAUAUCACGCAUCUUGCCGUUCUUAUCGUCGUUGUUACUGUUUUUCUUUUUUUAUAGUUUUUAACGAGGUCGAUCCGAUAAUAUCAGUUGUUACUACCAUGUAUAAAUAUAAAAUAUAUAAUUGUAUUAUGAUUUAUCAUUCAUUGAAUACGUUAAACAAUAU